CCGGGCCGUCCGCGGCACCUCCCCGCGGGAGCGGGCGGGGCUCCUCUCCUUUGCGCCAUGAUGAACAAAUGACCUCGCGGGGAAUGAAAUUUAAGUUCCACCGGGGAGAGAGAGUUCUCUGCUUCGAGCCCGAUCCCACCAAAGCCAAAGUGCUCUAUGAUGCCAAGAUUGUUGAUAUUGUUGUUGGAAAAGAUGAGAAAGGCCGAAAGAUUCCAGAAUAUCUAAUCCAUUUUAACGGUUGGAACAGAAGCUGGGAUAGAUGGGCAGCUGAAGAUCAUGUUCUUCGGGAUACAGACGAAAAUCGCAGAUUACAGCGUAAAUUGGCACGGAAGGCUGUGGCUCGCAUGAGAAGAAAGGGAAGAAGGAAGAGACGUUGCAGGUUGCCUGGUGUUGACUCUGUGUUAAAAAGYCUUCCUGCUGAAGAAAAUGAUGAGAGUAGCGAAAACUCUAUAAGUAGUUCUUCUUCUGAUGACAGUGAUGAAGGAACAGAUGAAGAAAUAAAAAGUGAAGAAAGUGACAUAGAUGAGAGAACAGAAAUGAAAGAAGAACAAGACACUCAUACAAAAAGGGACAUGGAGGAAAGAGCAAUAAGCAUAGAAAUUCCUGAAGUCUUGAAAAAAAAGCUUGAAGAAGACUGCUACUAUAUUAAUAGAAGAAAGAGGCUAGUGAAGCUUCCUUGCCAGACAAAUAUAAUAACCAUCUUGGAGUCAUAUGUAAAACACUUUGCAAUUAAUGCCGCUUUUUCAGCCAAUGAAAGGUCUCGGCACCAUCAGAUGACUCCCCAUGCUAAUAUGAAUCUUCAUUAUGUACCACCAGAGAAGAAUGUCGAGCUAUGUAAAGAGAUGGUGGAUGGUCUGAGAAUAACCUUUGACUUCACGCUUCCAUUGAUUUUGCUUUAUCCUUACGAACAAGCUCAAUUUAAGAAGGUGACUUCAUCAAAAUUCUUUCUUCCUAUCAAAGAAAACUCAACAAAUACUAACAGAAAUCAGGAGGAACUUUCCCCAAGUCCUCCUCUACUGAAUCCACCCACGCCUCAGUCGACUGACAGCCAGCCCACCACAGGGGAGCCCGCCACGCCGAAAAGGCGAAAAGCUGARCCCGAAAUCCUGCAGUCGCUGAGGCGUUCGACACGCCACAGCUCCAACUGUGACAGGUUAUCGGAGAGCAGCGCGUCCCCACAGCCUAAACGGCGUCACCUCGAGACCCCAGCAUCYAUGCCAAAGCUCUUCUUGCACCUGGAAAAAAAAACCCCUGUCCAUAGUGGGUCAUCUUCACCUAUAACUUUGACUCCUAGCAAAGAAGGGAGCACGGUGUUUACUGGCUUUGAAGGUAGAAGAAACAACGAAUUGAAUGAGGUUUUGUCCUGGAAAUUGAUGCCAGAGAAUUAUCCACCAAGUGAUCAACCACCACCUCCCUCAUAUAUCUAUGGAUCUCAACAUUUGCUGAGGAUGUUUGUAAAGCUACCAGAAAUACUGGGGAAGAUGUGCUUUCCUGAGAAAAACCUGAAGGCUUUAGUAAAACACUUUGAGAUGUUUCUGAGGUUUUUAGCAGAAUACCAUGAUGAUUUCUUCCCAGAAUCUGCUUAUGUAGCUGCAUGCGAAGCCUACUACAGUACUAAAAAUCCUCGGGCAAUCUACUGAAGCUAUUAAUAAGGAUUAAGUCCUACUAUACAUAGCCCAUGACAAUGCUAUUCUGCUACAUAGCUACAAGAUGAAAAAGGAAUUAAAGCAACUUCUGGAGUUGAAGACAUUGGAAAAUAUCUUUGUAAUGGUUGGAUUACUUAGGAAUGGAGAACUACUUUCCAGAGAUGUGUAUAAACAGUGGUGUUGAGUCACUUACAGGACUGGAUAUAAAUCUGACUCCAGGUGAAUGAAGAAGCCUUGUCCUGACUUUUACUGCAUAGGACUGCAUGGGAGUUAUAAAAAGCAAAGGAGGCAAAAGCAGAUGCAUUGGGAACAGAACAUUUUCAUGAAGAUAAAUCACUAUGCUGUGUUUCAUUAUAGCUCAGCCUCUCCUGUCUGAGAAAUAAGACUUGACUAAACAGUUACUAGAAGAGAAUGUAACUGGUAUAUUAUGGAUUGUUUUCCUCACAAAUUGCAUUUCAUUUUGUGGUACAGUCAUGRUAGAAAGGAUACUUAAUGUAAAGGUGGCUUUGCUGUUUGGCUGGCAUGACAUCUGCCUCAACAAUGACUUUGUUGCUUGAAUGGAAAAUGUGUCGCUGCCUUUGCAUUUUGCAAAGCUGUAUAUAGCCCUUUCAUGGUAAAGCUGACAGGGUUUCAAGCAGACCAUACACUGCCAGGGAUUCAUCAUUUACCCAACAAUAAAUGAUUUCCAGAGCCAUUAUGAAAGAACUGAUUUUCUACAAGUAAAUGGAGAAGUCGGUAAACUCAUCACAGUUUAGUUGGCAAACAUUUUCUUAAUAAAGUUCACAGUGGCUGCUGUGUUGAUGUGUGAUUUUGACUGUUUAAAACAUCUUGUUUGUGCUUAAUUAGUGUUUUUGAGGAUGCUAAGUGUGCAUAUAAUGAGAGAUGGGAGCCCUGACAACAUACGGAGAGGAGCCCUUUCGAUAUCAUGGGGUGUUCUGCAGACUUGAACGAUGUCUCUUUAGACUGUUUUAGACACUUUGUCUCUGGAAAUAGCAAUUCAGUGAGAACUGAGUUCCUAGAAAUCUCACAACACAUUCAGUAGAAAUUAAUAGAAACAUAAUUCUUGUCAUUGAAACCGCAUGCAGGACUUAAAAAACACUGGCCUUCAAAAUCCUCAGCUGUGUCCAGAUAGAUACAGAUAUUAAAAGCACUGCAAGACAACGGGACUCUGGCUUACAGACUACUGCAUUAAUCACUCUGUAAUCCUUCUUGGUUCAGAAAACUUCCAUUACAAUGCUACCUGUAAUACAGAACUCACAGAUUUGAGUUUCCUCACAGAUUUGCAGAAACUAGUAAUUUAAAGGAAUCGUCUUUCAAAUGUAAAUGGCAAGCUUAGUCUAAGAGGCCAAAAGAAAUAUGAAAUCUGCUGUUGCCAUACAUUGUCACUUUUCAGAGUUCUGUGGCAUGCUCAAGCUUUUGAGCUCRAAAGAUAAGGAUUACCUAGGUUUUAGUAAUUUAGGUUUUCCUUUUUAGAAAAACUUCUGUGAAGAGUCUGUUGAACUCAGUGGUUGUUAAACUAGUGUUUGGCAUGAAUACAUACAUAUUGGUGAUUGUUAACUCUAAAGAUUACCAUUUAGCAGCAUUACUCUUUUUAAAACACAUUUCUCUUGUAUCAAGAAAACCCCACAUUUGUAAGCUUUCAUUGUUCUCAAAUGAUGGACAUUUUGAAUCUAGCAGAAUCCAUGURCACCAAAAUUUUGCCAACAUGUUUCAUUCUAAGUUUAAACCCUGCUUCUCUAAAAGACAAUUCAACAAAAUAUGAACAAACUGUCUAACAUGAGAUUAGUUACGAUUCAACCUUAAUCCAUCUGAUUUUGAGAAUGUUCAUGUAUAAUAGAGCAGAUCUGGUUUUSUUCCAUUUUUUUCGCACCUGUGAGUGUAAGACAAGUUAUGAACAGAGUUUAAACCUUAUUGUUUGACUGUUUAACUGUUGAAAUGAAAAUUUCUGCAUGAAGGGGUCASGAAUACUGUUGGUAUUGCUUUGUUGGUACAGUGUGGAGAUGUUCAAAAGAUGUGAGGGGGGAAAAAUUCURAUGAUCCAGUUACAGUGUAGUCUUCAUGUGAACAAGUUUUUUCAUAAAGUUCUCUUGAAGCUGCUGUUGGAUAUAAUAUUACAAGCUUAGUAACAACCAAAAGUUUUUCUCCAAAGUUGCCCCUUUUUUGUGCUGCUUGAUGCUUCUAAUGGAUAUAACUUUCAUAUUUGAGUAUAUAUUUGAAUUUUAAAAGUUUAGGUUUGUAUCUUCAAUUACAGUAAAGUGCAACUUUGGCAUCCCCCUUUACUGUCACUCUUCUUUUUCUGCAUUCAUGGUUUUAGACUUGAUUUUUCUUUUAAGCAGCAGUGGGACAGAUGAACCAGAUUAUGUAAGAGGGGCAGUUCCUAUUAGUGUUAAAAAUAUAUAGAGACUUAGCAGUGUGGCCCCCAAAAUUCACUUGGAAUGUAAUGUUCAARGAUUCUUUUGGCCGGGGAAGCUUAAUAGUGUAGUUGUACAGCCAGUGUGAAUCUGGAGCUCAUUGAAUGUCCUUGACUGAUCAGAUAUUUGAUGGGAUCCAAAUCCAUSUGAGAUGAUAAAAGAUGCACUUCACUGUCAUUUGUUUAGUUGCUCUCUAUACAGUUACUCAUACCAUGUUUUCUAACCUGAUUCAGUCAAAAUGUCUUGAGUUAGCUUGAGGAAUAAAACCCUGACUGAAGCAGGCUACGGGAUCCUUCGGAGGAGCAGAUCUGCCAGCAGCUGUCAGUAACAGUGUCCUGCAGUGGAGGAGCCAAGCUGAGGAAGCAGGUUAAUGGGCAGGGAUAGUUUAUGUCAACAUGCCUGUUUGUACAAGUCAAGCACGCUCUGCUUUCAAGGGAAGGUGGUUUCGUUUGUCUGUUUCAGGAAAUUAUCCCAGUGUAAUUACAGUGCGUACUUACACUGGUGAGUCUCUGCGCUGAAGGUGAGUCCUUGGGGUGCUCCCAGAGUGUGUGUGGUGUCGGGUUUUGCAUAUGAGUGUUGGGAAAAGGCGGAGGAGAACAAUUGCAGCCUGGGUUUAGAAGCAGGUAGUGCAGCUGAUGGRUGGGAAGGGAGCAGCUGCCUGCCCAGCCGAGUUGCUUGGACUGCACUCAGCGCUCAUUUCAGUCCCUGCUCUGACUGGCAUAGGGGGGCGUGUGAGUAACUUUACAUGGUGUCACAGGACUAUGAAAGGACACUGACCUUAUGUAAAGUGCUUUAUAUAGUAAGGUUUACCAAAGAAGAAUGAACAGAAUAUAACUUUAGUAUUCUUCUGUUUUAUUCCUGAUUUUAACCAUGAUUCUGUACCUAUCAUCCUUCAAAGAAAAAAAGAAGAAAAUCAUACUGUUCCUUUGAGUGUACUACCUAGAACUGCCAUGAUGCCUUUCAUUUUGCUAUUGUGUUUUUGAAGCUCCUGUUUCAUAGCUCAGGCUUUCAUGUAGAGUCCUUUUCCACUGAGAUGACAAAUGCAAAUAUGACCAAGUGCUAAUGUAAAAUACGUUCCCUGUCCCAUUUUGAAAGCAAGUUUAUGCACACAUUAGUGUUCCCCUUGACACUUGGUGUGGGCUAACAGCGAGUGUGUUGUCACCCCUUACAUCAAGAAUGUUUAAUGGGAUCUUGUCUAAUGCUAGUGUAGGAUAACCUUGCUCUGGAUUAUGCUGAAAGAAGUGUCUGCAGUCAAGGAGGAAAUAAAAAGUUGAUUGGAAAKAAAAAGCUGUUACUGCUUUUCAUGUUUAUAUCAUCAACUGUGUGCUAUGUUAUCAGCACAUUUGGCAAGAAUGCUGGGGAGAUUGUUAUU